AUGCAUGCCAAUAGUCCCAGCUCUCAUGAUGCUGAGGCAGGAUGUUUCUCUGUUCCAUUAGCUGUUUUCUUUCUUGCCCCGGCCCGCGGGGCUCCGACCAGCGUCCGUCGCAAUCCGGCGAGCAGACUUUUUGUCGGUGUGCACUACCGAGGUUUCCUUGGGGCAGGGGUCUCCAUUCCGACGAAGAAUCCGUACCUCGAGCCGCACGUUUGGGCGCCACCUGCCCCGGCCCGCGGGGCUCCGAGCCCUGCCAUCAGCAGGAUCUACACGGUGGGGCGCAGCUUCGAGGGCCGGGAGCUCCUGGUCAUCGAACUGUCCGACAACCCCGGGAUCCAUGAGCCCGGUGAACCUGAAUUUAAAUACAUUGGGAACAUGCAUGGCAAUGAGGCUGUUGGACGAGAACUGCUCAUUUUCUUGGCCCAGUACCUGUGUAAUGAGUACCAGAAAGGGAAUGAAACCAUUGUCAACCUGAUCCACAGUACCAGAAUUCAUAUCAUGCCCUCCUUGAACCCUGAUGGCUUUGAGAAGGCGGCGUCUCAGCCAGGUGAGCUGAAGGAUUGGUUUGUAGGCCGCAGCAAUGCCCAGGGAAUAGAUCUGAACCGGAACUUUCCAGACCUUGAUAGGAUCGUGUAUGUUAACGAGAAAGAAGGUGGCCCCAAUAACCAUCUGCUGAAGAAUCUGAAGAAAAUUGUGGAUCAGAACGCAAAGCUUGCUCCCGAGACCAAGGCUGUCAUCCACUGGAUUAUGGACAUUCCCUUUGUGCUCUCCGCCAAUCUGCAUGGAGGAGACCUUGUGGCUAAUUACCCAUAUGAUGAGACGAGGAGUGGUACCGCUCAUGAGUACAGUUCCUGUCCCGAUGAUGCAAUAUUCCAAAGCUUGGCUCGAGCAUACUCCUCUUUCAACCCAGUCAUGUCUAACCCCAAUAGAACUCCCUGUCGAAAGAACGACGAUGACAGUAGUUUUGUAGAUGGAACGACCAAUGGUGGUGCAUGGUACAGUGUACCGGGUGGGAUGCAAGACUUCAAUUACCUGAGCAGCAACUGCUUCGAGAUCACUGUGGAGCUCAGCUGUGAGAAGUUCCCACCUGAAGAGACUCUCCAAAGCUAUUGGGAAGACAACAAAAACUCCCUCAUCAGCUACCUGGAGCAGAUACACCGAGGAGUUAAAGGAUUUGUCCGUGACCUUCAAGGUAACCCAAUUGCCAAUGCAACCAUCUCCGUGGAUGGGAUAGACCACGAUGUUACUUCGGCCAAGGAUGGGGAUUACUGGCGAUUGCUUGCGCCCGGAAACUACAAACUUACAGCUUCAGCUCCUGGCUACCUGGCAAUAACAAAGAAAGUGGCAGUUCCUUUCAAGCCUGCUGUUGCGGUUGACUUUGAGCUGGAGUCGUUCUCUGAAAGGAAAGAGGAGGAGAAGGAAGAAUUGAUGGAGUGGUGGAAAAUGAUGUCAGAAACUUUAAAUUUUUAAGAAAGGCUUCUAACUAAUCGCUUUAAUCUAUCUAUAUAACGUAGUGAGAUGCAAUGUGGCUCUUUUAUUUUAGAUUGUGUGCAGUUAAUAUUUAACACUGAUUUACUUUAAAUCAUUUAAGUAGUAAUUGAUAUUACUUAAAUAUACUCAGACAAAAAACAUAAGGUCUCGAUCUACUUCAGUCUCAUUAGCAUUUGCCUCCCCACAUAGCUUUAAAAUAUAGCUCUUUUAAUUUCAUUGGUGACAAUGUCCCAUGAAAAAGCCAACAGAUGUAGCCUGGAGUUGUGAGCACUGCACUGCAAGAAUUACAUAGUUCUGUAUCAGUUGUCAUUUGUCUCUCGUGCUGACUCGCUGUAUAAGCAUGAUCUUGUUAAUGCACUUCUGCUGGGAAGAAAAUGUACGUGUUUCAAAAUGGCUUUAGGCAGAACGAAAACCUACUUCUGGACUGUACUUUAUAAAGAGUGGUCUUGUCUUAUUAGUCAGCCUGUUAAGGCCAGUCCAGAGUUUGGGGUUUUGUAUUGAUUGCAGAUUGGCCCAG